AUGUCGUACAACCCCUACUACCUGCAGCAGGAUUCUACACAUGAGCGUUCUAACCAGGCCCAAAAUGCUCCGAAUUACGCCGACCAACAGCGCUAUCAGCAGUUCCCACAACAGCAACAACCACAGCAGAAUAAUUUGCGCGGCUUUACAGACACACGCGCAAGUAUGGCAUUUCAAUUUGGUCAGAGCGCCUUAAAUCAGUUCAUUGGCUCGGAUAAUUUUAAUCAGCUUCAGGAGACAGUUCAGCGUGCUACCGGUGCAAACCACCUCUCUCAUUAUUUCCAGGUCUCGAACUCGUACGUCUUUCAAAAACUCAAAAUUGUGCUAAUUCCAAUGCUUCACAAGCAGUGGUUGCGUUUGCCAGACGUCAAUGGAUCAUUCCAGCCUCCCAGGAACGAUAUCAACUCUCCAGAUAUGUACAUUCCUUGCAUGGGGCUUGUAACAUACAUCUUGGCAUGGAACUUGCAAAAAGGUCUCAUUGGAUCUUUCGACCCCGAAAACCUCUAUUUCAAGCUUUCUUCAACCCUAGCCUACUUCGUGCUUGAUCUAGCCAUCCUUAAACUGGGUCUUUACCUCCUGGUUCCCGUUAACUCUAAGGCUACCACCCUCGUUGAGCUAACUUGCUACGUGGGAUACAAAUUCGUACCUCUAAUCUUCGCAAUGAUGCUGCCCAGUGAACACACUUGGAUCACCAUGCUAGGUAAAAUCUACCUCUUCAUUGCAUAUGGCAUUUUUCUAUUAAGGUGUGUUAAGUUCAAUCUUUUCAACGACGGUACCAACGACGUCAAUACAGUGAAGAAAUCCGUCGUCAAGAAAUGUAACUACUUCCUAUUCUUUUACGGGGUUGUGCUGCAGAGUGUUUUAAUGUGGCUCAUGGGCUAA